AUGCGCACCAAGAGUGACUUAAAGGCGCGUUUCGAAAUGACUGACAGCGGCAAGUGCGCAUUCGUGUUGGGAAUCGAGCUGGUGGACAACGACAGCGGUAGCGUGACGAUGUGCCAGCGACGCUACGUGGAAGAUAUUCUCAAGCGUUUUGGCAUGAGCGACUGCAAAGCCGUCACCAGCCCAACAGACAUCAGUUCUCGACUCAUACCAAGUACCGCAGCAACUAAAAUCGACGCCCCGUUUCGUGAAGCAGUAGGCGCUCUGAUGCACUUGAUGACCGCGACACGACCGGACAUUGCCUUUGCUGUGAGUUACGUUACGCGCUUCAUGGAGAACCCCCAAGUCGAGCAUUGGAUGGCGGUCAAGCGCAUUUUGCGAUACUUACAAGGGACUAAGUCGCACGGUAUCUGUUUCAAGCCUGAUGACAAGAUAGACUUCUGUGGCUACUCGGAUGCAGACUGGGCCGGCGACCAUGCAGACCGCAAGUCGACUUCAGGAUAUGCGUUUAUCCUGAUGGGUGCUCCGGUGAGCUGGGGAAGCAAAAAGCAGUCAAGUGUGUCGCUGUCAACAAGUGAAGCUGAGUACAUUGCACUAAGUCUGGCGAUUCAAGAAGGCAAGUGGGUGCAUCGAUUGCUGUGCGAGAUUCUGGAUGCCGCAGAGGACAAGUCUGGACCCGAGCUCAAGAUCAUGGAAGACAACCAGUCGUGCAUCAAGAUGACGAAGAAUCCUGUGAACCAUGGUCGGGCCAAGCACAUCGACAUCAAGUACCAUCACAUUCGUGAUGAAGUCAAGCGUGGUGAUGUCAAGCUGGAUUGCUGUGAGACUCCGAUUAUGUUGGCGGACAUCAUGACGAAGGGACUGCCAGGACCGCGUCACAAGGACUUGACGGCAGCGCUCGGCAUACACGCGUGUUCGCAUUGA